GCCCAGCCGGGCAGGCACAGGUGGAAGGUUCUCCGCCCCCUUCUUCCCCCGCCCUCACCCGCCCUGUCUUAACCCCACCCUGGCCUCUGGCCGUUCACACCCGCCGUUGGACGCUGACCUGUCCUCACUCUGGCCAUGGACACCCUGGGCAGGCUACUCUUCCUGGCCGUACUGCUCCUGACACCCGCCGAGGCCCAGCAGGCCACGGAGCGCCGCCUGAAACCCUGGUUGGUGGGCCUGGCCGCCGUUGUAGGCUUCCUGUUCAUAGUCUUCGUCCUCAUGCUGGUCAACCGUGUCUGGUGCUCUAAACCCAGACCAGAUGAUGAAGAAGUGAGAGUCCGAAUGGAGUCCACUGAGAACCAGUACACGGAGGCAAGUAAUAUAAACAAGAAGAAGCAGAAGAAGCAGAAAAAGCAGGUGGACAAGAAGAAUGGUCAUAGCAAUAAGGGCUUGGAGCUGGAGGAGGAAUCCUCAGAUGAUGAGGGAAGCAAGAAAACAGCCUUGUGAAGCCUCCUGCAGCCUGCAGGAGCCCUAUACCACAGUCGCAGCCGCCACGAGAAUCCAGACUAGUAUCGCCUGGAUCUCAAAACUGUCUUCAAACAAGGAAGCCAGCUCUGCCAGCCAUGUGUCCAUCCGUCGCCCACCCCCAUGCACACCUUCACCGUCAGCCUGUGCCCUCUCCCUCGCCUCUGCUCUCCAGCCCUCAGCCAUCCUCUGCCACAGCUAUGCCACCACUCUAGGCAAGCAUCGCCCGACUGUACCCUUCCUCUCUUCUGAUGGCCUGAGCCCCUGAGCAGCUCCUGGAAGGCCUUGAGCCCUCUAAUGGAAUUUGUGUUUGGAAGGGAUGCCUUGUGGCCCACACUUUCUCAGCCAGGGUCUCUCUUCUCUAGACCGUUCUCCUGUGGUCAUCUGGUUCUUGCUGAGGACAGUUUUCUGAGGGGGCUUUUGUUUCAUGUGAUCAGGGGAGGCUGUUUUCAGGGGAUACUUCCUUCCAGUCCCGUCACUUAAUAAAGACCCUACUGUU